CUCCGCCUGUUCUGGGCGCAGAGCCGGCCCGCAGCCUCCUUGGUAGCUUCACGGGCCUGCUGCUUGCUGCGCGACCGAACGGGAUUGGUUUUGAAAAAGUCCGAUCUGGAUGUCAUUAUCUGUCUUAAAAUAAACUUGCACAGCAAACCGCCAACUGAAUACGUAGGGCACCAGGAUAGAGAAGUAAGGAGGAGCUUGCCUUUAAAAUGUAACUUAGAGGUCAAAUGCAAAUUUUUUUCCCCUUCACUAUAGUAAUUACCUGAACUGUUACCUCUUCUAACAGUAAUGGCAGAUUACCCUCACUGUACCCUCUCCACACUGUUCUACUGCCACUGACUUCAGGAGAAAAGUGAAUGAGACUCGGUGCAGUCUGGUGCUCGUUCAGAACUAUGGAGCUCUUCUGAUCCCGAAAGCACCUCUGGCACAAACAGAGCGGCGCUAAGGAUGGCCCAGGCCUUGCUGGCUGGCCAGCAAUUUUUAUUAUCCAAGAUAAUAACAGCACCUCGAAACUCCUUGGAUUUAAAACAGACGCACUAUGCCCUUUUUCCAUUUGCUCCAGGGACUUUUUACACAGUCCUGUUAUACCCAGCUCUAUGUGGUGAGAAUGCUGUCUCUGUGUUUGGGAGUUUUUCUCAACAUCAAACCAAGCAACAGAGCAGUGCCCGGUGGCAAGGCUCUUCUCACUGUGACCCACAGCUCUGUAACCCCUCCAGAGAGCGCUGCUGCAUUCAGUAGGAUUUUGCUGGUAUUUAUUUACCUCACCAUGGAAGUCAAUGAACACUGCCCCCCAUCAGGGGCAACAAGCCUAUGAAAGACAUUUGCAGGAUGCCAUUUUAUGCCUCUAUCAAGACAACUGGCUUCUUACCAGAUUGCAGACUUCAGCUCCCACAGUACCAACUUUAUUAUCAUCGAAUUCUUUUUCUCAAAACAUUCCAAGCUCUUUGUGGAAAUUGGGCCGACUUAAUCAUGUAGCAAUUGCAGUACCCGAUCUGGAGAAAGCUCAGUCCUUGUAUAAAGAUGUGCUAGGAGCACAGGUGAGCAAGACUGUUGCUCUUCCUGAACACGGUGUCUACACUGUUUUUGUGGAGCUGGGAAAUACAAAGCUGGAACUUCUACACCCCUUGGGAGAGAAAAGUCCCAUUGCAAGCUUUCUGCAAAAGAAUAAGACUGGAGGAAUGCAUCAUAUCUGCAUUGAGGUUGAUGACAUAAAAGCAGCAAUGGCAGAACUGAAGAAAAAAAAGAUUCGAAUAUUGAGUGAAGAGCCAAAAAUAGGUGCACAUGGUAAACCUGUGAUUUUUCUUCACCCUAAAGACUGCCACGGAGUCCUUGUGGAACUUGAGCAAGCCUGAGCUGCAAUAUUCAUAAAUAAGACAAUAAGUGAGUUGUGAAGUUAUUGAGCUGGUGCUGGGAAUAUUGAUGUGCUAUUCAAUCUUUACAAAUUCACCGUAGUUCCUGUGGAUUAAGAACAGCUUUUGAGCAAUAAGAUAGUGCUGCAGAUUUCUUUUUUCUGCAUUUGAUUUUCAGAAUCAAUGUGUUGACAUUUCUUGAAUUCACUGUGAUUCUCAAGAUGUAUACAUAAGCCAACUUGCAUUUAUAACAGUAAUUUUGUUCUGUUGCCUCAUGUUCUUGCCGCAUGGCUUUACUUCUGUAACCACAGAAACUGUACAGUUUCUAGGUCAUCCCACAUUAUUUUGUUCUACAUUUUAAAGCAGAGACCCAAUUCUCAGUGACAACAGUAAGAGCUUAGAUAUUCCCUUUAGAAAUAAAGGGAAAAGGAACAUCAUACUUUCUGUUUUCACCAUUCACUGACUAUGCUUCAUGCUGAUUGAUUGGUUCAUGCAAUAAAUAAAUCCAUAUGUUAUUGUAUGGCUAUCUGAAAUCACUAAAUACCUUCUCCUUGGCAUAACAAUUACUAGCAAGGAAGUUACAUGCAUAAAUCAUUGUUUAGUUGUUUUACGAACUCUGCAUAUGCAGGCAAUGGGAAGAAAAAUGUCUGAAAAAUUGUUUGAGAUAUAUUUCAGACUUCGAGAUGCAUCUUGCAUUUUUGUUUUUGUCAGGUAUUGAGUAUUUGUUUUUCAGAUUUUAUCCAUAGGAAGAGCUCUGAGAGACACCUGAACAAAUAGUGGGAAAUCAUUUGCUUUAAAAAUAUUGUUUUCUAAUGCUAAAGCGCCUACGGAAUCAGUGGAAAGCAUAAGAAACAUAAGUCUUGGUUGUGUACAGUCUCCUCACAUCAGAGAGCAUGCCAGUGUACUUAGUUUCUCAUAGACUGCAGUCACAGUUUGUUGACUUAUUCAUGACCAGACUUCACUUUAUUUGUGCAUGUUAAGCAAGCAGUGUUUGUCCUGAUACUUUUAUAAGUUUGUUUUGGUAUCAACUGCAGAAAUUGAAGACCUUCUGCUUCUCUCACUAUUUUUCUCAAUCCUUAGAAAUAAUAUUUUUACUAGCUAAACCACAACCUGGAUUUUUUAUUUUCCUACAUCCCUGCAUAUACUGUGAAUAGUUCCAGCUUGAUCAGAAAUAAGUUCAUUUUAAUCUAGGAUAAUUUUUACUUAAUGGGAGUUGAAUUAUUUGUGCUGUGUCCUGUUUGCUGUGACAAACCACACGCAUAAUGUUGACGUGAAAUUUUAAAUGGCUUUAAAGACAUUGAUGCUUCAUCAUGAUUUUUUUUUCCGAAACAAACACUGCAAAGUCAGGCAUUUUAUUUUUUAUUUUUAUUUUUUGUACUCAAACCAAGUACUUCUUCUGUCAUAUUGUAAGGAAAAUAGAGAUUUCUGCAGGGUUCUUGGAUUUAAGCAAAUCACUGUUUAGAAGGUAGUUUAUGAUAUUAAUUCCAAAUUGUUAGAGAAAGCCUAAGGCUCAUUAGGGAAAAGGAUGAUGACUUGAUAUUCCUGAAAUAUGAUUCUACCAUUCUAGGAGAUAUUCUAUUAGCAAAACUGCUGUGGUCUUUACAAACAUCGUAAGCUAUCUUUUCUGCAGCACUAUUAGAGGAUGUUAGGGAGCCUUGCUGAUGAUGUGUCAAGAUAACGGAAGUUUUUGAACUUAACACCCCUAGUUUGGUGCUAUAGAAAACAGGGCAGCCCUCCCUAGGAUACUAGGAGAUGGAAUUUUGUGUACGAUGCAUUAAUACAGGCUACUACAUUAAUAGUAAUAGCCUGAUGUAGUACUAGAGAAUAGAGAUUUUGAGUGAACAAUACUUAAGUCUACGUGUCUCAUUGUGCUCCCCAUCUCAUUAGCAGAGAGAGAAACUUGUAAUACUUUUAGCUAGUUAGUAACCAGCUAUUUCCUGACUGACUGCAGUGGGGUUGCCUAGCUCUAAAUCAGAUGAUGUAUUUUGUUCAUGAUAAGUAAGUCAUGCUCCUAAUCUCACCCAUAGUAUAGUAUAUACAUUUCAUCUUACUCUUCUUAAGUUGAAACUCAAAAUUUUAACAAACAAACAAAUAAAUAAAUAAAUAAAACAAGUUGAGGACUGUAAAACUAACCAUACUGCUAACUGGGGCAUGCUUGCUACAAGCUCUUAUUUGUUAAGAACAGACCCCUUACUUGUUUGAGUAUGUGCUAUAAGAUACCUAAUUUUCUGUCUCUGGAGCUUGGAAAGAACAGCCAAGUGAACUGGACAGAUGAAGAAGCUGAAAACAGAUAAGAUAUAUUGAGAGAAGUUUCCUCUUCAUGGACAUAACUCUUGUAACCUGCAGUAGAAAUAGGAUCAGCCUCUGUACUUCUGCCAAACUGCUAGUCCUUGGCCUUAAAUGAGAGAGCCUUCACAAGUUAUUCUUUCAAAUGUAUCAGCGUGCUGAUCUUAAAAUGGUUGGGGAAGGUGUGGAGAGUGAUGACUAGAUAUAAGGGCCUGCAGGUCUUCUUUGUCACUGCCAUGAUUAAAAAAGGCGAGAGAAAAUUCAGAGAUGCAAACUGUAGAAAUAGAAAACUGUAUGGGUUUUUUUUGUUGUUGUUUGUUUGUUUUUAAGUAGAGAGACACUUAAUGAUAUACUCCUUUUGCAACAGUACACACCUUGUGGAAAGAGCAACAGUGAUUGGGGUAACUGGAGCUUGAUUAGUUUGUAAGGUUUUGACAAUGAAUAUUUGGUUUUUUGUUUUGUUUUUCUUUUAAGGUACAGCAAAACUUUUCCUGAUUAUGUCAAGCUUUUCAGAAGAUAAAAUUAUAACAUUUUGUAAGUAAAUUUUGUCAGACUUUUGUCAUUUGUCAAGUGCAAGUUCCCUGUUCCAGUCUUUUCAUGUGUCUUUUUUCCCCUCUGAGCUCAAGCAUGUUUGCAUUUUAUGCUGCCUUAGGCAGACAAGACACAUUUUUCUAGACUUCACCAGCAUUACCUAGGCAGCUAAAGGGCUCAUAAUUAAAUGAUGCAAAAUAUCUUUAUUGACUUCCUUUAUGUAACCCCUAAGUCUCUGCUGGUUGGGAGGAGAACAGGCUGCAGAACGAAGCCUGUUCUGUAUGAGAUAAACCUAGAAGCAAACUCAAAAACCUGAGAAAAAAACUAACUACAUGCACUUUAGAAGCUUACAGUUUUGCAAGUCCACAAAAACUCUGACUUUGUCAUGUUUAUUCUGCAAUUAAUCCACCUGAAUUAAAAAAAAAAACAACCAACGUA